GACAGAAGGCUGGGUCUGGUGGGUGUUGUCCUGUCCUCCUGCUCUCAUUGGCCAAGUCGCAUCUCCUAAAAAAGGACAUUUGCACCUUCUUGGGAGGCGUCAGGAAUAGAGAAGGAUUAAUCCAGAAAGGGACCUGUGUGCACAGAUUCAGCCAGGGGGGUGCUGGGCGACCAAGUCAUUCUACAAUCUGCUGCCAGGAUAACCAAGUAUCACCUCUACCUAACAUCCCAGGGAGCAGAUCACUGUCCUGACUACCUCUUGGGUACUGGAAAAAAAGCCUGGGAGGGUUUAUUCUGUGGCUGAUCUAGAGGACAGCUGGCCAGUGAGUGACUCACGUUUGGUGUCUCUUUAAAUCCGUCUCCGGGAGGCAUGGCGCUGGAUUUCGUGGCAGGAUGCGCAGGAGGUGCGGCUGGUGUACUGGUGGGACAUCCGUUUGACACUGUAAAGGUGAGACUUCAGGUUCAGAGUGUGUCGAAGCCUCUUUAUCGUGGGACAUUGCAUUGCUUCCAAUCCAUUAUCAAGCAGGAAACUGCUUUUGGUCUGUACAAAGGCGUAGGCUCGCCUAUGAUGGGACUCACAUUCAUAAAUGCCCUUGUGUUUGGUGUACAAGGCAAUGCUUUAAGAUACCUGGGAAAAGACACCCCGUUAAAUCAGUUUCUUGCAGGUUCAGCGGCAGGAGCUAUUCAAUGUGUCAUCUGCUGCCCAAUGGAACUGGCGAAAACCAGAAUGCAGCUCCAGGGCACUGGCGAAUACAAAUCAAGGUCUAAAACCUACAAGAAUUCCCUGGACUGUUUGGUGAAAAUUCACCGGAAGGAAGGAUGGAGGGGUAUCAAUAGAGGGAUGGUGACUACGUUUCUCAGGGAAACUCCAAGCUUCGGGUUUUACUUCUUGACAUAUGAUUAUCUAACAAGGUAUCUUAGUUGUGAAAUCAAUGACAGCUUAAUAAUCCCCAAGCUUCUGUUUGCCGGGGGUAUGUCCGGUAUUGUGUCGUGGUUAUCGACCUACCCUGUUGACGUGAUCAAGUCAAGACUUCAGGCAGAUGGCAUUGGUGGAGUCAAUCAUUACAACGGGAUCAUUGACUGCAUCAAAAAGAGUUACGAGGUUGAAGGAUGGAGAGUAUUUUCAAGAGGCCUGACCUCAACUCUGCUCCGAGCUUUCCCAGUCAACGCUACUACGUUUGCCACGGUCACCCUGUUCCUAAUGUACAUGAGAGCGGAAAACAACCUGAAUGAAUGUGACCCUGGACCUGCAAUACAACAGCCAACAAGCAUGUAGAUGCUCUUCACAGCAUGUGUGAACACAAACCUUGUAGAGAUAUUUUUUUAUGUGAGCGGUGUAAAUUUAAUGUACAUAAAUUCUAUGUAUAACUGGUUUAUAUAUGUUUUAAUCAGGCUUUCAUCUCAUUAGUUGUAUAAUAGAAGGUGGCUUUAUCUUUAAGCGUGGUGGUAUAUUUGCUAAGUAUUUGGCAUUACCAGACUGGAUCCUUUGUCAUCUACAGUUUGAGCAUUGUUAAUAAGAAUC